GGGCCUACGGAAGCUUGGGCCUUGGGCAGUUCCGCUCGAGACCACUCUAUAAAGCCUCCUCCGGGCUCGCUAGGUUUUUGGUGCGUUCUCUCUUCUCCUCUUCCACGGCGGCGGCGGCGGCGGCGGCGACAAGGCGAAGGCGAAAUGGGUAAGGGUACGGGGAGUUUCGGCAAGCGCCGGAACAAGACGCACACGCUGUGCAUCCGUUGCGGCCGCCGCAGCUUCCACCUGCAGAAGAGCACCUGCUCUUCCUGCGGCUAUCCCGCCGCCCGCAUCCGCAAGUACAACUGGAGCGUGAAGGCCAUCAGGAGGAAGACCACGGGUACCGGUAGGAUGAGGUACAUGCGCCAUGUGCCCAGGAGGUUCAAGAGCAACUUCAGGGAGGGAACUGAGGCUGCACCAAGGAACAAGGGAGCUUCUGCCGGCAACUAGGCGUGGUGCUCUUCACUUGUUAUGCUAAUCAGAGCCCUGGUGGCCGAACUUAGUGUUUUUGCUGCUUUCUACUGGAAUUAUGUGUUUCUAUGCCGAGUGGCUUAUGAUGCCUGGUUUUAUGUUAUUCUCACAAUUUUCCUGGACGUCAAUCCUUCAGUUUUGAAUGUUGAAUCCUGCGUGAUAUCUGGAUGUUCGGUCGCA